UUCAUUAUUGUACAUGUAUGGUUACAAUCAAAUGUUUCUCUGUUGGAAAGAUGCAUCGCAGGUCUGUUGAUAUACAGCUGCUGGUCAUCCAAUUAGAAUGUCAUGAUAAAGCAUAUUUAUUUCAGUAAAUCCAUUCAAAAAGUGAAACUUGUAUAUUAGAUUAAUUCAUUACACACAGACUGAUGUUUUUCAAAUGUUUAUUUCUUUAGGGUUAGAUGAUUACAACUGAACUGAGAUUCCCUAAUUCAGCAUCUCAGAUUAUUAGAAUAUUGUGGAAAAAGUUCAUGACAUUUGUUUGUUUAUUUAAGGAUCCCCUCUAAUUUUCAUAGUGAAGACUAUUCUUCCUGGGGUUCUCUUCGUUGAAAAAAAAUACAUAUUAUUACAUAUACUGCAUAGGAUAAAAAGCACAUUAUAAGACAUACAGUGUAAAACAAGAACAAGCAAAGCAAUGUAUCAACCUCAUAAAACAAAUAUAAAAAAUGCAUAUAAAUCACAUUUCACUAAGGAAAAAACUAAAAAUAAGGCAUUAAUUAUUUAAAACUAAUUGAAAUAGCUGUAUCUAUACACCGAAAAAGACCGUAGAAGAAGUAGCGGACUUCCUCUGUAAACAAACAUGGCUGCGUGCGUGUAAAAAUGGAGCACUGCGAUGUUUUUCGGAGCGUAAUUUUAUUUUUUGUCGUCACAAUUUUGCAAAUACAAACCAAACUGUUUAUAGUUUUCCAGAUGUUAAAUAGGAGGAGACAGCAGGAUGAAAAAUUCUUAAUACCAAGAACCGUAACUUUAGUCCCCCCGCCUCCUGCAAAGACAAGGAGCCCCCGGAUGAAGGUGAGGAGUAAAGACUGGUGGGAGAGGAUUAUUCUUUUGGAGUUCACCGAUCAAGAGCGGAAGCAGACUUUCCGCAUGUCACGAGCGUCAUUCAUGAAACUUUGCUCGUUAAUGGAGAGUUAUAUGGCUCCAGAAGACGUUACUGUGUGUGAGCGCUGCUGUUCCUGUCAUCAUGCGGAUUGCAGUAGUUCUGUAUAAACUGGGUAGCUGUGCAGAAUACAGAGUCAUGGCGAACCAAUUUGGAAUAAGUAAAAGCAGCAAAACGAAGUCUGUUUACAUUUUCUGCAAAGGCAUGGUGCAGGGUCCAAUCUAGCAGUUGAUCCGUGCACCAACUGAGGAAGAGGCAAAAGAGAUAGCCAGACGGUUUGAAGCUUCCCAUCACAUUCCACAAAUAACGGGGCUUAUCGACGGAACACACAUUCCCAUCCUUCCUCCUUCAGACGGCUACAAGGAUUUUGUAAAUCGUAAAGGAUGGCCAUCCUACCUACUCCAGGCUGUUGUAGAUGACAAAUUCAGGUAAAAAUUACUACUCCAUCACCUGCCAUGUUCAGAAAUAAAUUAGUGGGGGUAGAUUUUUCAGUAACCUGAGACCUCAAACUGCACCAAAUUAUUAGAAUGACCCCUUUGUUUACAGCUAAUCAUGUGCACAAUAAAGCAGUUUUUAUUGGUUUGAUUUAUUCCUCUCAUGAAGGUUUUGGAACAUCAGCUGUAAAAUGCCAGGCAGUGCACAUGAUGCAAAUGCCCUACCCCAGUCAGACCUCUUCAAAAGGGCUCAUCUCCUACCCAAAGGCAUCAAGACCAUUGGGGGGAAAGACACCAAUCUUUUAAUAGUUGGAGACCCUGCCUACCCACUUCUUGACUGGCUGAUCAAAGGAUAUUCAAACUCACCUCGGCUGACUCAUGAGCAGGAGUCCUUCAACACCUACAUCAGCUCAGUCAGGGUUGGAGUGGAAAUGACUUUUGGAUUGUUAAAGUCAAAGUGGAGGGUUCUGCUAAAAAUAAGUGACUUUCAUUUCACUUUUGCACCAACCAUGAUUUCCACAUGCUGUGCACUGCACAACUUCUGUCAGAACGAAGAAGACCAGGCCAGCAACAGCUGGUUGGAGGAGGCCUGCGAUCGGGCAAUUAAUUUUCCUCAACCCAACCAGCCAGUUGAUCUCCAGUGCAGCAGUUGUGGAAGCAGCACUAGAGAGGUGUUGACUACCUAUUUGGACACAACAUUCCCACUCCGAACAGGACACCUACACUAA